AUGGGCCUCCUGGCCUCCGUUGCCGAUGCCAAAGACAACACUCGUCAUACCGUGCAGCAGAUUACUGCCUAUUGUAACACUGCAAAGUACAACGAGUGCCACGCGGCUGCGGCAAACAACUACCUGGCCUGCGCCGAGAACGACGUCAACUGCCGUUGCACCCAGCUCCAAGUCCUGGCCGACGUCUGUGCACCCCUUUGCCCUCAGACUGAAGUUUCCAACGCCGAGCUCAUCCGAUCCUACUGCGCCCAGAGCACCCUGCAGAGCUACUCCUCUGCCUCUGUCGCUGCCGCAGGCUCUGCUAACGACGUCCACUCCAACUCUCUGAUGGAGCUGAAGAAGAAGCUCAAGGAAAAGCUCUUCGGCAAGUUUAAGGAUGAAGACCCAGAUUGCCCUGACGACAAGCACGAGGAUCAUGGUGAUGAUUGCCCCGAGGACAAGCACAACAACGACCAGAGCGAUGACGGCAUGUACGAUGACUGUCACGAUAAGUGCGACGGGGACGAUCAUCACGAUGAUUGCGACAACAAGUACGACGAGGAUGACGAGGACGAUUGUGACGAUAAGUACGAUCACGACGAUCACCACGAGGAUGACUGCGAUGAGAAGUACGACGGAGAAGACGACGAUUGCGACGAGGAGUGCGAUGAGUACGACCACCACGACGACUGUGCCCAAUACUACUCAUACGCGAACCAGUCUGACUCUCCCUCGCCUUCUUCCGCUCCCUCUCCGCAGCCAGAGUCUGACGAGUCCCCCGCCCUUUCGGUUCAGUCUAAAAACUUCCUUGCCAUGAUGAGUGCCUACGAAAAGGACUCUAGCGACCACGCUUCCAUCCCUGGCCGUUUCCAUCGACGAAGUACCAUUGAGAGGCUCAAGGCCACCGCUAGCCGUGGUGGUAACCAGCAGCUCCACAUUGUCCCCCGAGGCCUCGACCUUCUUGACGUUGAUGAGCCCAAUGCCCGCCUCUUCCGAGACUUUCUCCCCUCCAGUAUGGAUCCCGACUGCGAUGGGGAUGACGACGAGGACUGCGUGAUUGACGGUUUGGAUCCCUCUUUAUACGAGGAUGUUGAUUUCGAUUCUCUUCAAGACCAGCGUGCCUCUGCCAAUAUCAUUGGCUGGCCCAGCAUCCCCUGGCCCUGGAACGACGACGACCAGCAGGACGACGACUGCGAGGACGACAAGACCCCCGAGCAUACCCCUGUUGACGAUGACUGCGGUGACGAGGAAAAAGACCAGUGGAACACCCCCUCCACCGAUGACGAUUGCGGCGACGAAGAGAAGGAUCAGUGGAACGCCCCCUCUUACGACGAUGACGACUGCGGUGACGAGGACAAGAGCCAGUGGAACACGCCUUCUAUCGACGACGAUUGCGGUGACGAAGAUAAGGACCAAUGGAACUCUCCUUCCGAAGCCGACGACGACUGUGGCGAGGAUAGCGACAAGUCGUGGAACGACCACUCUGGCGACGGCGACGACGACUGUGGCGACGAUUCUGACAAGCAGCCCUCCUACGACAAGUCGAAGCACAAGGUCUCUGGUCCCGACGCCGAUGCUGACGAGACCCAUGGGGACGAUGGGGACGAUGGCGAUGACUCUGAUGGCCAUGGCGACGACGGCUCUGGCUCUGAUGACGACGCUGAUGACGGCUCUGAGGGUGAUUCCGAGGAAGACGGUUCUGACACUGACACCAAGGUUGACGGUGGGGAGGGCAAGAAUGCCACCGAGGGCUCUCGGCAGGGUCUCCGAAACGCCAUCAAGAAUGUGGGCGCCAACAUCCGGAAUGCAACUGGCAGCGGCGUCGAGUCGUCGGCGACUUCUGUCGUGCGGCAGGGUAUGGUUGAGGUGAUUGUUGGUUUCGCAGCCGCGGCCGGUGUUGGUUUUGCUCUGAUUUAG